AUGUCCCCUCUCAACCACUCUGAGGACAACAUUUCCACCUUUUUCCUCAUUGGCAUCCCAGGAAUGGAACAUAUGCACAUCUGGAUAUCCAUACCCAUCUGCCUCAUAUAUAUCAUUGCCACAGUGGGUAACUCUACUAUUCUCCUCCUCAUCAAGACAGAGCCUUCUCUCCAUGAACCCAUGUAUUAUUUUCUCUCUAUGCUGGCAUUCUCUGAUCUUUGCCUAUCUUUCUCUUCCUUGCCAACCAUGCUUAGAAUCUUUCUAUUGAAUGCUCCAGGAAUCUCCAUUGAUGCUUGCAUUGCCCAGGAAUUCUUCAUUCAUUCCUUCACUGCCAUGGAGUCCUCUGUGCUUGUCAUCAUGUCCUUUGAUCGUUUCAUAGCCAUCUGCAACCCCCUAAGAUAUAGUUCCAUUCUCACCAAUGUCAGAGUCAUUCAAAUUGGACUUUUCUUUGCCAUUUCCAGUUUUGCAUUUAUAAUCCCAUUUCCUAUCACUCUAAGGAGGCUGAGAUUUUGUAAGGGAAACCUCCUUUCCCAUUCUUAUUGUCUCCACCAGGAUGUCAUGAGAUUGUCUUGUUCUGAUAAUAGAGUCAAUGUCAUCUACGGAUUUUUUGUAGCUCUGUUAGGCAUGAUGAACUUAGUACUGAUUUUAUUGUCCUACAUAAUGAUCCUAAAGACUGUUUUAGCUAUUGCUUCCAACCAAGAACGUUUAAAAGCCUUCAACACCUGUAUUUCUCAUAUCUGUGCUGUGCUCAUUUUCUAUGUACCUGUUGUCACCUUAGCUAUUGUUCACCGCUUUGCCAAACAUGGGUCCCCAUUAAUUAGGAUCCUCAUUGCUGAUGUCUAUGUCUUGGUUCCUCCACUGAUGAAUCCUAUUGUGUACUGUGUGAAGACUCGUCAAAUCCGGGAGAAGGUCAUUGGGAAACUGUUUUUAAAGAAGGCAUGA